AGUUGCCGGGCAAAUUUUCAUUAACCAAAAAACGUUAAAGUUCGAAACGUAGUCGAAAAGUGCAGCAUUGGCUGAUGGAAGUGGGUCGUUCGCCCGCUGAUCCACUUUCCGGAAGCCUUCAUAAGCGGCGCGUUCGGCCACCGCCGGCCUCAGUUGCCGUUCGCCGGGCGGUUCGCGCGGAAGUCGUCGUCGUGGACUCGUCGAUAUCAAAUUCGGUCGUUGCUAGUUGCUUUUUGUUGAGUUUUUGUUUGAGUGAAUUGCUGUAAUUCGAUGCUCCUUGUUGGCCAGCCAAUUUAACAAAGUGCUAAACAUAUAAAUAAAAACAAAAAGAAAAAGAAAGAGAAAAUAUAUGUUCUCAGCAAUUUUAAGAAAUAAAAGUUAAUGUCACAGCUUAAUUUAAAAAUGGUUAAGCUUAAAUAAUAACCAAAAAGUACAAAAAAAAACUGUGAAAUAUGAAUUACAACAUGGAUGAGAUAGAGGCCUCCCGGCUACUGCGACAUCCCCGAAGAUGGUGGAGCAUUGGUUUUAACAAACGAAUUUUGGCCAUAUCGGUUGUGGUGAUCAUCGUCCUGCUUUUUUCCCUGAUUUAUCAUGGUCUUGUGGUCGAAAGAAUGGAUCGCGUUCAGCAGAUUUCCGCUUUGAAUGCCAUGCACCAACAACUUUCCAACCAGCCCUUUGAAGAGGAUCAAUCUGCUUUGAUUAUGAGUCCUCAAACCUUGCAUUUCAAGCUGCUUGAUGAUGAGAUCAAUAACGAAAUGGAUAAAAGCAAAACUAGAAGGAAGCACCUGAAACGUAUGCUGGUGAAAUUCCGAUUGCAAAAGAGACAUCGUACUCGUCGGGAGUUGCCCAGUUUGGAUUUGCUAGAUCCGGUUCAAAUGGAGGCCAAUCUACAGCAUCUGUACUCCAAGCUGAGGAGCAAAAGAGCGAGGGAAGCUCUUAGCCAACUGGAGCACGAGUUUGUGCGAUGCAAGAAACAGACCCCUCACGACUGCAUGUCCGCUUUCUUGCGCAUGUACAAAAUGGCCAAGGAAGUGACCGAGAAAAUGGAGAAGAUGAAGGCCAUCAUGCGCGACCAGCAACCAAAGUUGGAGUCAAGCAGCCUGGAGUCUUAUGAACAGCAGGGUACAUUUUCUUCAGGAGAUCUAACCCAAGAGGCAACAAUAGCAACAACUACAUUAGUGGCAAAUGGCACUGAAAAGCCAAUGCGAACCAAGAUUAAACCUUCCAGGAUCAGCUGGAUCAUCGAUGGGCACGAUCAUGAUGUGAGCGGAGUCUACACAGAUGAUGCACCCAAAAAAACUACCGCCAAGGACCUAGUAUACACCACUCAAGUAGUCGACAAUACAAGGACAGGAGCAGAUGAAACCACCACAUGAAAAGUUAAGGUGGAGACCACAACAGAGAGAGUUAGCUGGAUUCUAGAUCACUUUGAUAAGCAAGAAAUUGUGCACACGACUGAGGGGCCUGGCUAUCAAACAUUCAGAAAUGCAAGCACCCGAGCGGUAUCUAAAAAAUCUACUCCGAUUUCGGAAACGGAAACCACGAAUAGUAAUAUUAUUGCCACUACAGAAGAGUAUUUCGAAUGGAAUAUAACCACAGAUGCAUCACUCGAAACCAGCACCAGCACCGCUCAGCGAAAACUGUCAUUCGAUUGGAUUAUCGAUGGCGAGGAAAAGGAGGAGCCGCAAGAAAAGUCUAGCGACACCAAGACAACCACUGCGACCCGUCGGCACCACCGAACAACCACUGCGACCGUCAGGACCACCGAAACCACCAGUGCUACCACAGAGCAGCCGAAACUACACUUCGAUUGGAUAAUUGACGGUCGUGAUGUAGUGGAGCCGCAGGUUAGUUCGAACACCACCGUGCCAGACAGCACCACCGAAGCUUCGGGUACCACCACUGGGCAACGAAAGCUUCAGUUCGAUUGGAUUAUAGAUGGCGAGGAAGUGGUAGAGCCGCAGGAAAACGACACAUCCACCACCACCGCAACAACAGUGACAAUCAUGACAACUGUGGCCAGCGAUGUGCUGCAGAACUUCACAGCGCAUCCCACCAAACCCAAGCCGGUGAAGAUCAGCUGGAUUAUCGAUGGCGAGGAGGCCAGCAGAGAGAUGAGUAGCACCUCUACUAGCCAACCAAAGUUGCCAACCAGGGAGGCGAUCAGCGAGUCGGAAAACCCACGAUCAUUGCAUCCGCUGGAUAACCCCAGCAGCAUCGAAAACAUGCUGGAAAGUUUUGAGCGACACGAAGAGGAAAAGCCCAUUCUCAGGGUGCUGGGUGGAAAUGAAUCCUCUAGGGAAACCACCACGGAUCUCUACGAACGACAGGUCUGGCUGAAAAAGUUUGAGGAGCAGGCUGUUCCAAAUCAGAACGAGCUUAUAGAUACUUUUGGAACCGUUUUGGAUGCCAAGGCGCUGGACAAAAUGGGUCCAAAGAUCAAUCCGCUCAAUGGUCACAAUUGGAAUGCUGCCGAUGCCCAGAUCCUCAGCCUUUGCGAGCGGGUGGCCCUUAAGAUGCGCAACAAGGUGGCUCCCAUGGCAGAUGGUGAGACCAAGGAGAAGGGCGAAACCUUUACGGCCUCGCCCAGUGUGCAGUUCACAAGUCGAGCUCCCGGCGGAUUUCCCGUGUCCGGGGAAACGAUGAAGGCCUCGGCCCAGUUCAUGUUCAACCCGAACUUCGGGAUGCCCAGCAUACCCGUGUGCUUCUACAUGACACCAGCCAACUUCCGUAUGCCCAUGUGGUCGAACUCGCCCUCAUUUAUGGGCAUGCCGGGUGCCCACUUUGGCGGAUCCUCGAACCCUGGCGGUGGCAUAUUCUUUGUGCCGCAACAAUUCGGGCCGAGCGCAACUUUUUUCGGCGGAAGUGGUGGAUCUGGAGCCGGUGGUCAGGGUGCGAAUAUCUUCUCGAAGAACGCCUCCCCCCAGAAGCCGUCCAAUGGUCAGCAGGUCUACUGCAGCUACAUGCAGAAUCAGGCGGCUCAGGGAGGAGGACAAGCGCAGACCUCCAACCAACAGCAGCAGGCUGGUCAGACGAGCUUCUCCAAUGCAAACUUCAAGAUGAGGCAUGCCAAUCAGUCGAAUCCUGCCCAUCAGCAGGGUCAGGUCAUCUACGCCAGCUACGCAGGAUUGCCGCAGCAACCAAUCAUCGAGCGUUCCCGGUGCCCGGACCCGGAUCAGUUGCCCUGCUUUGGCCAAGGCGAGUGCAUCGCCGCUGCGAGGUGGUGCGACAACGUGGUGGAUUGCUCGGAUGGCAGCGAUGAGUCCGCCUGCACCUGCGCGGAUCGCGUGGAUGAAGAGCGCCUCUGCGAUGGCUAUGCUGAUUGCCCAAUGGGCGAGGAUGAGCUGGGCUGCUUUGGCUGCGAGCCGCUGGCCUACUCCUGUUAUGAAAGUCCAGAGGAGUUCGCCAGACACAAUCGCUCCACGAUUUCCAUGUGCUACAAUCGGCUGGAGCGCUGUGACGGAUUCAUGAACUGUCUAAAUGGACGCGAUGAGCAGCAGUGCAGCAUGUUGGUCACCGAUGUGGCGGAUCACAUGUCCCACGCUGCAUCUGCUUCGGAAGGUUUUCUGUACCACAACCAUCGCGGCGAUUGGCAUCCUGUGUGCAACAAUGGCGAAAAGUGGGCGGUUUCAGCCUGUGGGCUGGAUGACAAGGAUCUGCCAUCUUCGCUGAAUGUCAGCUUCUGGGCCCUGACCUUACCCGGUCCGUUUAUUGAGCCCUCCCUCCACGCAGGCGUCCACUUUGCACAGGCCUGUCAUGGACGCAAUGGACACGACUCCCUGGUGGAUCACGUGGCCUAUGUAAAGUGCCCACCGAUGCAGUGUGGCCUGCCCCACAAAAGCACCAAAGCGGAGCACUCAAAAAGAGUGAAAAGAGCAGUAGAAGCGCAGUCAAAGGACAUCGUUGGCGAUGGACGCAUUGUGGGUGGAAGCAACCCCAGUGCCCUUCAGUGGCCAUUUGUGGUGGCUAUCUACCGAGAUGGCAAGUUUCAUUGCGGAGGAACCAUCUACUCUGAUCGUUGGAUCAUCAGCGCUGCCCACUGUGUCAUCAACUUUGGAAAGUACUACUACGAGGUGCGUGCAGGACUCCUUCGUCGCACCAGCUACUCACCCGCCACCCAAAUUCAUCCAGUGUCCCAUGUAGUGGUUCACCAAGCCUACGAAAGGCGGAGUAUGCGCAACGAUCUUUCUCUGCUGCGCCUGGCCAAUCCGCUGCAGUUCAACCGCUGGGUGAAGCCCAUCUGUCUGCCCGACAAGGGAAGGACCACGCUGGGAGAGGAUUGGAUCUGGGGACCUGAGGAGAACACUUUAUGCACGGUGGUUGGAUGGGGAGCCAUUAGAGAGAAGGGUCCCAGCAGUGAUCCCAUGCGUCAGGUUACAGUGCCCAUUCGCAAACGAUGCGUUGAGCCAGAGGACCAGGCUUCGGAGGACAUUUGCGCCGGCGAUCCGAACGGAGGUCGUGAUGCCUGCCAGGGUGAUUCGGGUGGUCCGCUCUUUUGUCGCAGCGUCUCUCGGCCAGAGGAAUUCUAUCUGGCCGGGGUGGUGAGCCACGGCAACGGAUGUGCUCGUCCUCAGGAGUUCGGAGUCUACACCAGGGUCACUCUCUACCUGGACUGGCUGGAAAUGGCGGUUACGCCGCGUCUGUUGCCCACUCGUCAGCCACUGCAACUCUGUCCGGGAUUCAUCUGCGUAUGGGGCGGCAAACGAUGCAUAGCUAAACGCCAGAGGUGCGACCGCAAUGUUGAUUGCCUGGGUGGCGAGGAUGAGGUGGGAUGUGCCUACAACUUCAUACCAGACAUGGUUGGUGGCGUACGGCAGAAUGUCAGCAGCACAACCGAGAGUGAUUAUCAUCCAGUGAAGGAGCACGAAGAGGAGCUAGCAGAGAGUAAACUGCGGGAGGUUAUUCCCAUCGAUUUGAUGGUUAAACAAGAUGAGGAAGAGGGCUGGGAGAGCACCACUUCCUUAGAGGAAAAUGAAAGCACUCCAUGGCAAACGGAUUUAUCUUUAACUGAGGAAAUUACGUCAACUACUUUUAGUGGUAUAUCGACAGAGGGGGAGGCCACUGUUCAAAGUUCUACCAGCAUUGAUUCCACAACAAACCCUUCCACUAUUUUAUCAUCCACAAAUGCACAACCAACCUUUGCACCUAUAACAAUCGCCUCAUCAACAAUUGCAUCUACCACAAUUGAGUCUACAAUGGAAACAACAUCAACAACUUUACCGAGUACGUUAAUUCAAACAACAACAAUGCCCACAUCAACCGAGGAUUUAGGGAAACUAGUCGAUUUGGUAACUCAGUUUAUAGAGAGUACAACUCUUGGGACCACCAAGGAUAUAGAGACGACUACUUCCCCUCUGACCACAACACAAACUCCCAGCACAGUUACUACGGAGGGAGUGAAGGAAACUACAGCCACAGAAACAACAAACACAAUUAGCAGCACUGCCAGCUUGACCACUACUCCUCUAACCACUAUAACUACUGAAAAACCUUUAGAAACCAGCACAACCCAUUUAGCACCAACUACCACCACACAUUAUGUUACGACAAAGAGUAGCAGCACUCAUUCUCCAAAGGAUCAAGUGCAAAUUCCCAAUAAAUUCGUCUGCAAAAUAAUGGCUCAAAUUGUGGAUAGUAUGAUGCGUUGUGAUCGUAAAGCGGACUGUGAAGAUGGCACUGAUGAAGUGGACUGCACAUGCAGGGAUUAUUUGAAGGGAAGUCUGAAGGAGCUCGUUUGCGACGGCAAGGCAGAUUGCGAGGACCUUACGGAUGAGCAGGAUUGCGGGGAUUGUCAACCUAACCAAUUCCGUUGUCCGCUGUCCAAGACUUGCCUGCCCCUAAACAAACGAUGCGAUAAUCAAGUGGAUUGCAAGUUCAAGGAAGAUGAAAAAGAUUGCUUUGCUCUGACCAAUGGACACGAUGUUCACUUCGAUGUGCACCAGCAGCCCAAGUUCAGCAGUGCCGGAAUCUUCUCCAGAAAUGCCCAUGGCGUGUGGCGGGUUGUCUGUGCCCAUGAGACGGGCUAUCAUGAGCACCAGGUCAACACGGCGGAUGCAGUGUGCGCCUUACUUGGUUUUAAGGGAGCACACUACUUCAACAGUUCGGAAUUUGUGAGUCAGCAGCAAAUGCAACCCAUCACGCCAGAGCUAAAAGCUGGCAAGACCAGCAUGGUGGCUCAACUUCGUUCCAUGGUCGGUGACAAUAUCCAGUUGACAGAUAACGAGGUCAUAAUCCCCGAGCUUGGUCUGCCAUCCGCCUCCAGACCCGAGAAGGAUCGCAUGUUGCCCCGCAAGUGCCUGGGCAUUUACGUGGAGUGCAAUCCACUGUCGAACAAAACCACACCCCUGAAGACCUUCAGUGCUGGGCAGGCUGUAAGACAAAAGCCUAAGGAGCAGGUGCCAGUACUCCUGCCAACCAUUGAGACCCACAACAGGCCAAAUGUGCACUUCAAGCCGCAGAUUGCGGCUGUGGUGGUGAACAAAAAGGACGAGAUCCUGGAUCGUUUAGAUAAUCUCAUCAAGAGUAAGAAGAACAAGACCAUACUGGUGAAUGAGCAGCUCCACGAAGCCAUCGAGGAGUUGCACUGGCCCUGGCUGGCGGAUGUCUAUUCGAACGGUGAUCUCUGGUGCCCGGGAGUGCUGAUUGACAAGCAUUGGGUGCUGGUCCACGAGAGCUGUCUUUUUGGCAUUGGUUUGGACAGUCACUACGUGAGCGUCCUGCUGGGUGGUGGCAAAACCAAGAGAUCGGCCCACAAGAGCAAUCACGAACAGAUCCGGCGGGUGAACUGUUUUGAGGCGGUUCCAAAGUCCGAUGUGCUGCUGCUGCAUCUCGAGCACCCUGUUCGAUUCACCCACCAUGUGCUGCCCACUUUUUUGCCUGACAGCUCCCAUCACAACCAAAGCGCUGCGCGGGACUGCAUCAGUGUGCUUCAUGACGAUGCCACGGGUCGCAUAAAAACGGUGGCCAUCACCCGCAUUGACAGCGACGCGAACUGCAAGUCCUGCUACAAGCUGCAGGAAAAGCAGCCACCAGCCAAUCUGAUGCGCCUGCUGAAUGUGAGCGCCGAGGACAUGGCUUCCAUUUCAGAGGAGGUGGAACUCAUUAACGGCGUGGCCCCCACAGAGCUGCCGGCCAUUACCAAAUUCACCAGCUGCAAUCAGUUUGGCCUGAAAAAUAUCAGCGAUUCGCAUCACAAUCCCAGCGAUCAGGGGGUGCUGGUCUGCCGUGAUUCGCACACGGGCUGGUUCCCAACGGCCAUGUUUAACUACAACAACUCCGAUUGCCAGAGUUUUAGGCGGCCAUUUUCCAUCAGGACUCUCGAACUGGCAUACAAGUCGCUGCAGGCUAUUAUAGACAAGCCCAGCUGUACUGCACUGCAGCCAGCCCCGGCAUGCAGCACACAUCGUUGCCCGCUUGGCGCUUGCUUGCCGCAGACAGCCAUCUGCAAUGAACGAUCCGAUUGUCACGAUGGCAGCGAUGAAGAUGAAACCAAAUGCCGCCAGCAGAAGCAGCGAUGUGCUCCCGGCGAGAUGAAAUGUCGCACCAGCUUCAAAUGUGUUCCGAAGAAUAAGUUCUGUGACCACGUGCCCGACUGCGAGGACAUGACGGAUGAGCCAACCAUCUGCAGUUGUUUCACCUAUUUGCAAGCCACAGAUCCCUCAAAGAUAUGUGAUGGCAAGCGAAACUGUUGGGACAAAAGCGACGAGAGUUCGGUGCUGUGCAAUUGCACUGCAGAUCAUUUUCAAUGCAGUUCCUCUCCUGAAGAUUGCAUUCCCCGUGACUUUGUAUGCGACAAAGAGAAAGAUUGCCCCAAUGGCGAGGAUGAGCGAUAUUGUUUUGGCAUAGAGCAUCCACUGGAUCAGCAGAAAAAGGAUUUCUGGGCCAACAGCCAGCACACGCAACCAGAGGUGGCUCCUCAGUAUGGUCAGGUCAUUGAGCAGACCUAUGGCAUCUGGCACACGAAAUGCUUCCCCAAGAGUAAACCCCCACAAAUGGAUGAAGUGCGCGAGAUAUGCAAAAAGCUGGGCUACAAUCCGUACCGGCAGCCCAGCUAUCGGUUGAUUGACGAUGAGGAGAACAAACCCGUGCACACCUACGAGUUGGCGGAUCGACAGGGACGCAGUUUUAGUAAUGAGUCGCUGGUGGGCAAGUACCGAGACUCCACCAAGGCGCUGAUUAUCAGCAAAUUCUCACCGCUGCAACUCAACGAGCGUCUGACGCUCUUCCUAAAGUCCAGCAGACCAAUUGCCGAAUUGGUCAGAUGGAAUGCCACCGAUUCCAACAUGUGCUACAGGCUGGAGAUCAGAUGUGCCUAA